GAGGGAUGGACAGAAGGUGACGUCACAGAGUGUCGAUCUCGGUGGUCUGAGCGAGACACAGCCCCACUGCUGUGCACUGCGCACGCGCAGCAGCAUGCGGUAGUAGUAAAGCAGGAAGACGAUGUUGAUCAAUCAUUUAUGAAGUAUAGAAAUAUCGGACAUGAAGAAGAUGAAUCUCCGUGAUGCUGCCGUCGGUGAGUCCACACCUGACCGGCUCUCUUGGCUCCUCUGAAGCCGCUUCCGGAGUGCCGAGCUCGGCUUGCCUGCCCGCGGUCCUCCGCUCUUUGUCGGCGGCUUCGACAUCUGGGCGGCGCUCGGCCGGUUCUCCCCCGAACAUUGUCUCCUUAGUUCCCCGCAAUUAUCCUGCCUUGGCUUUUUCUGGAAACGUUCUCGCGGACUGAGGCGUCUUUUGUUGCGAGACAAAAGCUGGCCACGUCACAAUUAUCGCGUUCAUCGGCAUCGAUUUGAGAUCACCUGCUGAGUGCGGCAUGUCCUCCAUCUGGUGCCGGCCCCGGGUCUGACGGGACUUCCCGGCCGGGCCUUUGUUCCUGCUUCCGUCUCGAUUCUGAUCCUGGUCCGGCUGCCUGGGAGGAGCCAUGCCGGAGUGUGUGUCCGUGUCCGAGUUCGUGGAGGAGGUUCUGGAGGACUGGAGCUCGCCCACCACAUCCUCGUUCACGUCCAAGAUGGGCGGAUGCAGGAACACCGUCUCCCUGCUGGAGGAGGCCCUGGACAGCGACCGCUUUUUGUUGCAGAAGAUGAAAAAAGCAGCUAAAGCCAAAUACACAUCAGGACAAGAACACGUGUCCCACCUGGAGCAGUACAUCCUGUCCAUGGAGAAGCUGUCAAUCAACUGUCACUCAAACGGCGAGUCCGAGGUUGGCUCCGCCUUCUGCCGCCUGGCCGACUUCUCCAAGGAGCUGGUCUCGCCUCUGAAGAACCUGUUGAAGAGCAUGCUGCACAACAUCAACUUCUUCCUGGACUCUCUGGUCAAAGGUGACCUGCGGGAGGUCAAGGGGGACCUGAAGAAGCCUUUCGACAGAGCCUGGCGAGACUACGACAGCAGAUUCAAGCAGGUGGAGAAGGAGAAGCGUGAGCUGGCUCGUCAGUACGGCAUGGUGAGGAGCGAGGUGAGCGGCGGUGAGAUCGCUGAGGAUCUGGAGAAAGAGAGACGCUGCUUUCAACUGAACAUGUGUGAGUAUCUGAUCAAAGUAAACGAGAUCAAGACCAAGAGAGGAGUGGACCUUCUGCAGAACCUCAUCAAACAUUUCCACAGUCACAACAAUUUCCUGCAGGAGUGUGUUUCCACCACUCACAGGCUGAAGCAGUACAUGGACGAGCUGAAUGGCGUGCUGACCUCGGUGAAGCAGCGUCAGGACGAGGAAAAACGUCAACUGGUGUCACUCAGAGAUCAACUGAGGCCUGUUGUAAACACUGAUCAGGAUUGUGUAGCUAAGCAGGUGUACAACAUGCAUCAGCUGCUCGGAGAUAAACAGGAUGGAACAGAGAAGAGUGGCUUCCUGUACAAGAAGAGUGAUGGCUUGAGGAAAAUGUGGCAGAAGAGGAAAUGUUCAGUUGAAAACUGUUACCUGACCAUCGCACACGCUACGCCAAACAAACCUCCCACCAGACUCAACCUGCUCACCUGUCAGGUCAAACCUAGCAUGGAGGACAAGAAAUGCUUUGACCUCAUCUCUAAUAAUCGCACCUACCACUUCCUGGCGGAGGAUGAAGUCCAGUGUGUGGCCUGGAUCUCGGUGCUUAGCAACAGCAAACAGGAAGCCCUGACGGUGGCGCUGGACGGAGGCAAGAAAGAAGGUCCAGAGAGCAGCAUGGAGGAUCUGACCCGCUCCAUCACUGAAGACAUCAGACGAAUGCCUGGCAAUAGCAGCUGCUGUGACUGUGGGGCGCCAGACCCUGGAUGGGUGUCGACUAACUUGGGCAUCUUGACCUGCAUCGAGUGUUCCGGGGUCCACAGAGAGAUGGGCGUCCACGUCUCCAGGAUUCAGUCUCUCAGUCUGGACAGUCUGGGCACCUCCGAUCUGCUGUUGGCCAGAAACGUUGGGAACUCCGGUUUCAACGAAAUACUGGAGGCAAACCUGCUGAGUCCAUCAAUGAAGCCCUCGCAACACAGCCACAUGACGGAGCGUAAAGACUUCAUUCAGUCUAAGUACCAGGAAGUUCACUUUGUGAGGCGGAGUCACAGCUCCUCCACGGCACUGACAAUCCUGCAAGAGGCAACCAAGUCCUGUGACAUCUACCGCCUGAUCCAAGUCUACGCCCAGCGCACUGAGCUCAGCCACCCCCUGCUGUCUCACAUACAAGAGAAGGGGGAGGCGGCCCUACACCUGGCCGUCUUAUUGGCUGACAGGACGUCUCUGCACAUCCUGGACUUCCUGGCCCAGAACUGCUCCAACGUGGACGUGCAGACGGUGGCAGGAAACACAGCUCUGCACUACAGUUGUCUGCACAACAAGAGUGACUGUGUCAAGCUGCUGCUGAGGGCCAGAGCCAACACACACAUCAAGAAUGAGUUAGGAGAGACAGCACUGGAUGUGAGUCGCAGGUUGAAGUAUCACCACUGUGAGGCACUGCUGCAACAGGCCCAGUCCAACCAGUUCGACCAUCACGUCCACGUGGAGUACGAGUGGAGGCUCCGUCACGACGACGUAUACGACAGCGACGACGACUUCGAUGACAAGAACGGUCCCGUGAAGAAGGAGCGUUCCUCGUCCUCCUUCUCCUUCCCCUCACGCCCCUUCCUCUCGGGGCUCUCGUCCUCCACCCACCUCCCAUCAUGCAUUGCGUCACCAGCAGGCUCCGCCCCAGCGGCAAGAGGCGGCAGCGGCCUGCUGAGCGUGGGGCGCAGGCUGGCCAUGGCCAUGGAGCACCACGCCCGGCCCCCGCCCUCGGCAGCCAGCCCCCCUCCGCCGCCGCCCUCUUCCCCCGCACCACCCCUCCCCCCGAGGGUCAAAGCUCCCACUGUUCCUCCGCCUCCUCCGCCGGGUCGGAGGGAGGGGCCCAGCGAGGAGGAUGAGGAGCCAGAGGAGGAGGUCUUCCUCCCCCUGACAGGAAACAGGAAGACGACACCCCCGGUGGCAGCGCGCCACCAGAGGAGCUCCUCCGAGUCCGGCAAGCACGAUUAUGGGAUUGCAGCCUGUGCCAGGGUCUACAGCGGUCCAGGUUCCUGCGUUCCAUCUUCUCCUCUCGGAUCGCUGGCGGAAUGGGCAGACACAGACCCUUGCUGUCCUGCAAGGUCCAAACAAGCUUUCCGGCGGGCGGAGAGCGACACAAGCUCCUCCCCUUUUGCACACCGCCCCAGGAGGCCCUCCAGCGACAGAUCUCCAAGCAAUCAGCGCUCGCAGAGUUUUGAGAGUGCCAGCAGAGGCUCCGCCCCCCUGCCCCUCCCCCGCAGGUCCUUGCCUCGACGGGCGGAGUCCGCUCCACGAGUCCAGGCUCUCUACGACUGCCAGGCGGACCACCACGACGAGCUGAGCUUCAGCGAGGGACAAGUCCUGGUGGUGGUGGGCCAGGAAGACCCGGACUGGUGGCACGGUUACAUGGAGGAGGACCCGCGGCAGAGAGGCUUGUUCCCGUCUUCCUUCGUGACAGCGCUCUGAUCCUGCAGACCCCAGCUGGCCACUGACCACGGCUUUCUCAGGAGAACCAAGUCCAGGUGCCAUGUUGUCAUAGCAACGACUGCAAGCCCUCCAUCACCAUGGAAACCUUCGGGGCAAGUGACCUUUCAUGAGGACUCUCAAAGACAGCUGCGUCCAAGAUUGACCUCUUCAAAAUAAAACAGUCCAAAUGUAGGUUUUAUUUUGACGUUGACCUGAACAACUCUUUUUCUUUGGCUUUAUUGUGAAAAAUUGUACAAUGGUGCUAAUUGUCAUGGACACAAAGGAUGGAGGGUAACCAAAGCACACGUGCACGCUAACCUCAGCCUCCAGGACCUUGGUCCUCACCGAGGGAGGCGGAGCCUAACAGGGCGUGGUUGACUACUCCGGCAGCAUUUAAAGGCCCCGUUUACACGGCACACCACAUCUGUGACGCAGACCGGGUUUUUGUUGCCAGUCUAAACGCUCCAAAGUCCUCAAAUCUGAUCCUUGGGCAUCAGAUUCAGACCACAUCAGGAAGUAGUCCUGAAACUGAUCUUUUCAAAUCUGACUUCAGUCUAAACGCAAUGUGACCUGAAUGUGACUUUUUUUGUCAUCUUUGGUUGACUUACAUCACUCGUGUGCGCCUUAAAGUUACGUCACUCAUGUGCGCCUUAAAGAUGUGCAGACAUUCACUUAUUUUAUUUUGUAGUAGUAGCAACUUCCUCUUGAGGCCAAAUUAGGGCCACAUUGAUGCCACGUUGGGGCCACAUUGAGGCCAAAUUGGGGCCACAAUGAGGCCACAUUGGGGCCACAUGGACACCAUAUUGGGGCCACAUUGAGGCCACAUUGGGACCUCAUUGGGACCACAUUGAGGCCACAUUGGAGCUCUUAUUGGGGCCACAUUGUCGCCCUUAUCGGGGCCACAUUGGAGCCACAUUGGGGCCACAUUGGGGCCACAUUGGGGCCACAUGGAGGCCACAUGGAGGCCACAUUGUCGCCAUAUUGGGGCCACAUUGGGACCACAUUGAGGCCACAUUGGGACCACAAUGGGACCACAUUGAGUCCACAUUGAGACCACAUUGGAGCCCUUCUUGGAGCCACAUUGGGACCUCAUUGGGACCACAUUGAGGCCACAUUGGAGCUCUUAUUGGGGCCACAUUGGAGCCCUUAUCGGGGCCACAUUGAAACCACAUUGGGGCCCUUAUCGGGGCCACAUUGGGGCCACAUUGGAGCCACAUUGGGGCCACGUUAAGGCCACUUUGGGGCCACAUUGGGGCCACAUUGAGGCCAAAUUGGGGCCACAUUGAGGCCAAAUUGGGGCCACAUUGAGGCCAAAUUGGGGCCACAUGGAGGCCAAAUUGGGGGCACAUGGAGGCCACAUUGAGGCCACAUUGAGGCCACAUUGGGCCUACAUUGGGGUCACAUUGAGGCCACAUUAGGGCCACAUUGGGGCCACAUUGAAGCUACAUUGGGGCCACUUUGAGGCCACAUUGGAGCCCUUAUUGGGGCCACAUUGAGGCCACAUUGGAGCCCUACUUGGGGCCACAUUGAGGCCACAUUGAGGCCACAUUGAGGCCAAAUUGGGGCCACAUUGAGGCCAAAUUGGGGCCACAUGGAGGCCAAAUUGGGGGCACAUGGAGGCCACAUUGAGGCCACAUUGGGCCUACAUUGGGGUCACAUUGAGGCCACAUUGAGGCCACAUCGGGGCCACAUUGAGGCCACAUUGGAGCCCUUAUUGGGGCCACACUGGGACCACAUUGAGGCCACAUUGGAGUCCUUAUUGGGACCACAUUGGAGCCCUUAUUGGGGCCACAUUGGGACCACAUUGGAGCCCUUAUUGGGGCCAUAUUGGAGCCACAUUUAGGCCACAUUGGAGCCCUUAUUGGGGCCACAUUGAGGCCACAUUGGGACCACAUUGAGGCCACAUUGGAGCCCUUAUUGGGGCCAUAUUGAGGCCCUUUUAGGGGCCACAUUGGAGCCACAUUGGGGCCACAUUGGGGCCCCAUUGGGGCCACAUUGGGGCCACAUUGAGGCCACAUUGAGGUCACAAUGGGGCCACAUUGGAGUCACAUUGAGGCCACAUCGGGGCCACAUGAGUGUUUACGCUGGAGUCUGAUAAAAUCACAUUUUACUUGCAGUGUAAACAUUCAGCUGGAAAAAUGACAUUUGGGGACUUUGUCCUGCAGGUCAAGGUGGUCUAAAGGUCACAUGAUGACUUUGUCCAGCAGGUCAAGGUGGUCUAAGGGACACAUGAUGACUUUGUCCAGCAGGUCAAGGUGGUCUAAGGGACACAUGACUUCCUGUCUUCGGCAACAAUGGCUGACGCAAAAGUAGAUCAGGAGACAAGCCAGCUGCAGACAUGUUGACUACACGACGAUAUGAAUAUAUUAAAUAAAAACAUGUGUUUAUUUAUUCAUCUGGAAAUAAAAACCAUGUGAAGUA